CCUCCUUUCCAGAAAUCUAGCGCAGACACCCGCCCGUCUGUGAACUCUGUUGCUAGGGUGAACCGUGACGAAGCAUGCAGCGCCGAUGACAAACAGAGCUUCCUCCUAGUCGAGAAACGAUUCGCAGUGAGCGAGUGAGCUUGAGAGAUCAUCGCAGGCGGAUCCUUCUCUUGAUGAGAAGAGACUUUGGGCUAAUCCUUCAGUUCAGAGAUUGCUGGCUGAGAGCAAGCACGGAGAGAAAGAAAGAGAAGCCAAGCGGUUCGAUUGAUUGCUCGCGAUGGGUCGGAAGCACAAACGUCGCCUGAUACCGGAACAGGAUCGCAGGAUAUGCGGCAGUAUCUGCUUCUGUCAGUUCACCAUUGUCAUCAGCUGCGUGGCGCUGGUUUAUCUGAGCGUGGCAAUCUAUAUGCCGUCCCACAGAGCCUUUCACGCGGGGAUCGACCCUGAUCCGGUCAUGUGCCAAACCAUUAACACGACGUUAACUAAUAAUUGCGGCUGGGCGAGUUGCGGAGAAUGGUGCUUGACGAGAACCACGGGAUUUUGUCCUCAGAUCCACGCAACCGUACGGAGAAACGGGACCGACAUCGUUUUCAAGAACUGCACGAAAUUCAGCAGCAUAUCUUGCCCGCAGGUGAACAUGGCGUCCCUGAAGAGGUACAAUUGCAACAAUGGUAGCGAGUGUAGCGUACUUUCGGGGGUGUUCAACUGCAGCCUUGGCCACUGCGUGAACAUAAGCGAGCUGAUGUUGUGCCACCACAAGGCCGACGGCAUUGUCGUCGACAGCGAGAAGGACAACAUGAAGCUGAAUGGCUUCUUCAGCUGUCAGAGCUCGAGGUGCACGAAAAUCAAAAGCCCGUUUAGCUGCGAUCGUUAUUGCCCGACGAUCGCCACGUCGGACGUGAACGUGUACCUCAUGCAGGACGACAACGUCAUCACCGCGAGAUGCGAACGCGGCCUAGCCCUCAACAAAGCAAAUGGAAAUCUGCCUGGAGUUAGGUUAACCACGCCUGAACAAUUUUGGGACCAUCGGAACGAAAGUAUCGUUGCCAGCUGUUUGCACGUGAACAAAGAACUCGACGGAGUAAGGACGGAGGAUUGCGUAAAUGGCACUUUGUUAAGGGAUAUCCCGGUGCCGGUGCCGAGCAUCAACUUUACGAGUUUCCUGAAUAUAUACGAGAGGAGUUUACAGUAUCCUGCGGAUCCUGCGAACGUCUACGUGCCGGCACAAAGAUCCCUCACGAUAUACAACAGUUCCCGCCUUUAUAUCAACUUCGAAGGUUGCGUCAACACUCUGAAAGGGGAAUGUAAAGAUUUCCUCGCCACUCACGGCCGAGAUGGCGACAAUCAGACGGCGCAGAGCCGAUAUCCCUGUUACUACAAUCAGAACAACUCGUUCUUAGUCGUGGCACGAUUCGAUCUGAACAAGACACGGACGGAAUUGCUGAUCGCCAUUAUCGUGCCGUCGGGCCUGUUCGUCAUCAGCCUGACGACGCUCGUUGUCAUAACGCGGUCGGUGCAGGUUGGCGACGACGCGAAGAUGCGUUGCCGUUACUGCGUCGACAAGCAGGAGGUCGAGGGCGAGGACGAGGGACUGGUCGAGGCUACACCCUCUUCGUCCCAAGGUCAGAUGAACGAGAACGAGAUCAAAAGCAUGGCGCUUUAGCAGUUUAAGCCGAGUGGGACGAGCACCGUGCUCCGUUACGAGAGAGUGCCGUUGAUCGACACUGACGAGGCUGAGGACUCUUUCUGAGUGUGGGACGAGUGUGCUGUUCUAGAUUAGAAAUUUACCAGCAAAGUGAAUAACUGGAUCGACGUCAACUCUCAGCCUCCGCGAGUCAAC